AUGAACUGCCCCGGACUUCCUGCUGUGCCGCCGUUUCUUGAGCGACCAGGCAAGCCUCCCGUUCCAUGGAGUCAAUGGCGGCGGAUGUUCGAUAAUUAUAUGCUUGCCAUCGACGGAAUAUCCUACAGGCCUGAUCGUCAAAAGGCAAUGCUCCUUCAUGCUCUUGGGACAGAGGGACAAAGAAUUUUCUACACGUUGUCAGUUCCUGCCGUACCGUCGGAACAAAGCAGCGGAGACUCCACCACAGCCACGGUAAAUGUGUAUAAAGAAGCUUUGGCAACACUUGAAAAGCGGUAUGCCGAGAGUUAUAACGUUAUGGUGGAGCGCAGGAAAUUCCGUCAGCGUUCUCAGCUGCCGGACGAAAGUAUCGAGGAAUACGUGACUGCUCUUCGAGGUCUCGCCAUUACCUGCAAUUACGGGACCAUGCUUGACGAAACGCUACGGGACCAACUUGUGGACAAGGCCCUCCUACCCCAAGUACGCGAGCGACUUCUACUGGAAGGAUCAACACUUACUUUGGAAAGGGCUACACAGAUCGCGAGUCAUGUUGAGCAGAGCCGCAGGGAAGCCCAGCGGAUCUUGCAGGAGAACACAGCUGCGGUUGAAAAAGUGUUCAAGAAGCCGUUCAAGAGAUCAGCUGGCAAGCCCGCAACUCCCAAGCCCCAAGCUCAAGGGAAGAAUGCAACUACUUGCUUUCGUUGUGGUUCACCGUACCAUCUGGCGAACUCGCAGGAAUGCAAAGCCAGGUACAAAGAAUGUUUCAAGUGCAAGAAAAUUGGGCAUUUCGGAGCCGUAUGCAGAGGUGCAAAAAAGCAGCAACGCGGUGCCACUCGCGAAGUCGUAACUGAAGGCGCACAUCACGAGGAUUACCCGUCCAGGACAGAACCUGCAAUACUAUUGGAAGUGCAAUCAUCUGCGAAAAAGGCUAUCCACAUUACAGCAGAAGCCGGUGGAAAGGACGUCACGUUUUUAAUAGACACGGGUUCGUCAGUUUCCAUAAUUUCGUCGGUUGUGUAUCAGUCCACAUACGCCGAGAAGUUCACCCUGCAGCCUGCGUCAAUCGAACUUCACGACUAUUCGAGGAAAGAGAUCCCAGUGCGAGGGUGCGUCAUCCUACCUGUCAAGUACAAGACACGUAGCGCGACCCUUCUCUUUUACGUCGUACAUCAUGGAACGACACUAUUGGGGCUCGACGCAGUUGCUGCGCUAGACUUGCGGAUUGACGGGGCACUCUUACAGUGCCUGGAGACAGCAGUUACAACCGGUGCCAGCGAGCGAAUAGCAAAGUGCGAGUUUGCGAACCUGUUUUCACCGGAGCUGGGCCUAGCCAAAGGCUACGAACACAAAGUCAAAGUACGGACAGACGUGCAGCCUACAACUACUAAACUCCGAAGGCUACCCCUACAGAUACGUGACGAUGUGUCUAAAGAACUAAAGAAACUGCUGGAUAUGGGCGUCAUUGAGGCUAUUGAUGCAUCGCCCUGGGUAUCGCCACUUGUCGUGGCCAAGAAAAAGGAUGGUCGGAUCAGGCUAUGCGUAGAUCUGCGGGCACCAAACAAAGCUGUCGUGCCAGAUUGCUACCCAUUGCCGAAUAUGGAAGAGCUGCUGAACAAGUUAUCCGGUGCAAAGAUAUUUUCCAAGUUGGACUUAACAGCAGCAUACCACCAGCUCGUACUGGCCGAAGAGAGUAGAGAUCUCACUGCGUUUAUAACGCACGAAGGUCUAUUCCGGUACAAGAGAUUGUGCUUCGGGCUGGCCUCCGCGCCAUCUGCAUUUCAGAAGCUUUUGGCUAAUGUGCUGAAAGGAUGUACAGGGGCGUUACACUAUCUGGACGAUAUCAUCAUAUUUGGGAAGAAUGAAGAGGAGCAUGAACAGAAUCUACGUUCAGUUUUGCAACGGAUCUCCGAUGCAGGGUUACGGUUAAAUCACAAGUGCGUUUUUGGCGUCAGCGAGCUCUCUUUUAUCGGUCACACAGUAAAGGAAGGAAAACUGUUUCCACUCGACACCAACGUCAAAGCUAUUUUAGAAGCCCCAGCACCAUCAGAUUUACGUACACUGAGGUCAUUUCUGGGAAUGAGUGGCCACUACGCCAAAUUCAUAAAGAAUUAUGCAGAUGUGGUGGAACCUCUGCGUGAACUGCUGCGAGGUGCAGACGCUUUCCACUGGAAUCCACGAGCUCAAGCAAGUUUUGAGAAGGUUAAAAGACACAUCUCCACAUGUUCAGCCCUCAGCAUGUUCGAGCCAGCAUUACCUGUUACCGUCACUACCGACGCAUCCGCUUAUGGGCUUGGUGCUGUUUUGCGUCAGCGGGAUGGCAGCAUUUUCCGCACGGUAUCCUUCGCAUCCCGGGCGUUAACUCCCCAGGAACGGAAAUACUCAGCUGGAGAAAGAGAGGCCCUCGCAUGCAUUUGGGCAGUUGAACACUGGCAUGUAUACCUUUGGGGUCGUCCGUUCACAUUAGAGACUGAUCACCAAGCCCUUCAGACGUUGUUAAGCACUCAGGGCACCGGACACCGACCGCUUCGAAUAUCACGAUGGGUCUCACGGCUUCUGAGUUACAAUUUCACUGUCGUCUACAAAAAAGGGAAAGAUAACGAGAUUGCAGACGCGUUGUCGCGACUGCCACUUCCAUAUCAUGCACAGGAGCCCUUCGAAGACGACGUGGUGUGCAUCGUCACAGAAUGCAUCUCAAAGGAGCAGCUCCAGCGUGAGACAACUUCCGACUCAGUAAUGCAGGACGUUCUGCGCUACAUACGAACAGAAUGGCCUUCGAAAGCGGCUCUUCGAGACAACGCUGUGCCGUUCUUCAAGGUUCGCACGGAGCUGUCAGAAGUUGAUGGACUGCUGCUGCGAGGGGAUAGGAUUGUUGUGCCACCUGCGUUAGUGUCAAGGGUAAUUGGUCUGGCGCAUGAGGCACAUCCGGGCAUAGUGCGUACAAAGCAGCGCUUGCGUCAACUGUACUGGUGGCCUGCGAUGGACAGCAACGUCGAAACUGCUAUCCGGGGCUGCGACAUAUGCCAAACAGCGGACAAGUCCGCGAAGACGGCACCUGCUCCACUCACUCCUGUGAAACUUCCAGAGGAACCUUGGGAAAAAGUCAGCAUGGACGUUGUUGGUCCUUUUGAAAAGGCCCCACAGAACUGCCGGUACAUGAUCACCUUGAUAGACUACCAUAGUCGGUGGCCCGAAGUGUGCUUUUCGAAUACAGUCACAACUUCAACUGUUAUCGGGUUUCUGCGCCAAAUCUUCAGCAGGGAAGGUCAUCCCGUUGAAAUUGUGACUGAUAACGGCUGCCAAUUCAUUUCCCACGAGUUUCGUGCUUUUCUCCAAGAACGAGGAAUUCGCCACAUACGCUCCUCAGUCUACCAUCCACAAGGAAAUGGUAUGAUCGAGAGGUUCAACAAGGUACUAAAAAGUUUCGUUCAAGUGGCACAGUUAGAGAACCGUCCAAUCAAAGAGGCCGUACUGGAAUACAUCGGGGUGUAUCGUGCUACACCUCACGCGUCAACGGGACUAGCCCCAGCUUUUCUGUUACAUGGAAGAGACAUACGAACACGACUAAAUACCAUCGGUUUUCCAACACGAAAAUUUUUGACCGAGCCAGCAUCGGAAAUUAGUCGCCUCCGAGAGAGAAUUGAGAAGAAACAAGCCCGUCUUAAAGCUUACAUUGAUGAGAAAAGAAGCGCAAAGCAACAACACCUCGAACCAGGGGACUUUGUGCGUGUCAAGCUUCCUGGACACAUCUACAAAGGUCAACUCCGGUACUCCGAACCGAGGAAGAUCAUCAAAAAACGGAGCAACAAUUCGUUCCUUCUAGACGAUAACAGAAUUUGGAACAGCAGCAAGCUUUCUAAGGUUCCGAAAGAAGCGUUGCCAAGACUACUCCGAAGGCCUACUUCCGGAUCGGAUGCAACACCAGUGGCUAUGUACUGGAACGUACCUUCGGAUGAAACUCCUCACCAGACUUCUCCAGACCCCAGUUGGCCGGAUGACAACGGAUCUGGAUCCGGGGCCGCCACAGCCCAGUCCAGGCAAGCUGACGACGAACCUGCUCAAAACUCUGCCACCACGAGCGGAACGACUCAGCAAACGAAGACGGACAAGGUGGACGUUCCUGCUCAGGAAGUGCAGCUUAGACGUAGCUCAAGAACGAGGAAGCGACCUCAACGUUUGGGUUUUUGUUGA